GGGCUGAGGGGCGGUGCUCCCGCGGUGGGCCAGGCCUGCGCUCCUUGCCGAUUCCCCUGACUUCUUUCUUCGGCUGCAGCAGAUCCGCGAGAAUUCCGCCGCCCCUUCCCUCCUCGAGAGUCAUGGACCAACUACCGCCCGACGUUGAAGAGGAUGACUGUCUCCCUGAUUACCGCCACCUCUUCUGCCCGGACCUUCUCCAGGGUAAAGUGGCCUUUAUCACUGGUGGUGGCUCUGGGAUCGGGUUCCGGAUUGCUGAGAUUUUUAUGCGGCAUGGCUGCCGAACGGUCAUCGUCAGCAGGAGUCUGCCGAGAGUACUGAUGGCUGCUAAGAAGCUGACUGCUGCCACUGGCCAGCGCUGCCUCCCUUUAUCCAUGGAUGUCCGAGCUCCUGCAGCCAUCAUGGCUGCUGUGGACCAGGCACUGAAGGAGUUUGGCAAAAUUGACAUCCUCAUUAACUGUGCAGCUGGAAACUUCUUGUGCCCUGCCAGUGCACUGUCAUUCAACGCCUUCAAGACUGUAGUUGAAAUUGACACCAUUGGCACCUUCAAUGUGUCUCGUGUGCUCUAUGAGAAGUUCUUCCAGGACCAUGGAGGAGUGAUUGUGAACAUCACUGCAACCCUGAGUCUCCGGGGGCAGGUGCUACAGGUGCACGCAGGUUGUGCCAAGGCGGCUGUGGAUGCAAUGACACGACACUUAGCUGUGGAGUGGGGUCCCCAGAACAUCCGUGUCAACAGCCUUGCCCCUGGCCCCAUCAGUGGCACAGAGGGGCUCCGGCGACUGGGUGGCCCCCAGGCCAGGCUGAGCAAAAUGGUCCUUGAGAGCCCCCUGCAGAGGAUGGGGAACAAGACAGAGAUCGCCCACAGUGUGCUCUACCUGGCUAGCCCUCUGGCUUCCUAUGUGACGGGGAUUGUGCUGGUGGUGGAUGGUGGAUGCUGGCUGACAUUCCCAAAUGAUAUCAAGCAACUGAUGAAUUUGGAAUCUACCUCUGCUAAACUCUAGGUGGCCUUGAAUUUGGCAAUCUACCUGCUUUAGCCUCCCAAGGUGCUGGGAUUAUAGGCACGCAACAUCAUGACAUGGUGGAAAUGUUUUUACAAAGAAAAGACAAUUAAAAAGAAUCACUGUGACCCUAUCAUUUA